AUGGACGGCCUAGAUUACAGCGUCAUGGAUUUUGCCGAUGAGGAGGAGGGGAGAAAAGAGAACCGGGAGGGGAUUGUGGAGGGGGGUGCGGAGGGGGGAUCGGCGGGAAUGGGGGAGAGAGGCGGAAACAACGGAUCCGCGGAAGCGCGGAAGCUGGCGCUAGAGACUGGCGGGGGGGGUGCAGACGUGGCGGGCGGAGAAACAGGGGGCGGAGAAGCAGGGGAAGCCGCAGGGGGAGGAACAGGGGGAGGAGCAGGGGGAGGAGCAGGGGGAGGAGCAGGGGGAGACGCAGGGGGAGGAGCAGGGGGGGGUUUCAAGUUUGAUUACUACGACUGUGGGGACGACCGGGCUCGGAAUUUCUCGCACCCUCAUCUAGCUGGGGCGGUGGAGAGCGGGCGCAAGUUCGUGAUGCUGGCAGCAGAGCGAGAGCAGCUCACCAAGGCGAGGUUGCAUCUGGGGGAGGCGAUGACCAUUGCAAACCUCACGAAUCGCACCUUUGUGCUCACACACGUGGGCAGCAGCCGCAUCGGCAUAGACCGCGACCUACCGCUCUGCACCUACUUCAACAUUGACAAGAUCACAGCGCACAUGGAGUGGAUCACAGAGGACUAUCUCGCUGCUGAGAUGCACCGCUUGCAGCGGCCGCUACAGAUGAAGACGCUGGUGCUGCAUAAGGCACGGCACCGGUGCAACCGGCAGAUCUGGCGGCAGGUGGAGGGGCGGCCAGCAUUCAAGGAGCAUCCAUGGGCGCGGGACAUUCUGUCCUUCCCCCUCCGCAUCCGCUGUGUGAAGGAGGAGCACCGCCGCCACACCCAAGACGCCUCCGACGCGCUCCUGGCGGCUCUCCGGGAGGAUGACGUGGCGGCUGCUGACGUCAUCCUGGUGUAUAAGCUCGCUGACGAGGCGUACUUUCUGCCAGACGUCGUUGGGCCCGCCAUCAGAGCCAUAGAGUUCGCCCCGCAUCUCAAGGCCAUAGCAGCCAGCAUGACGCACCUCGUGUUUGCCAACUCCACGCCCACUGCUGCCACUGCGCCUGCCACCAUCCCCAACAGCCUCCGGGAGCAGCUCAGGCGCCACCCAGGGCAGGUGCGGUACCUAGCGGUGCAGUGGCGUACAGAGUAUGCGCUGCUGCAGCCCAACAUGAGCGCUCGCCUCAUGCUGCGGUGCACUCGCGGACUCAUUAAAGCUGCCUGGACCGCCAUUGGCACCAAGGGGUUAUCGGAUCGAUUGUUUCUGGCCACGGACAUGCAUCCGGACGGCCGCCCUGUCUCCAUGUCCUUUUACGGGCUUGAGUUCAUGCAGCAGCGCAUAGCCAAGCGUGUCAUUCAGCUUCUUUACUCCAAGAUGCAACCUGUUUCAUGGACUACGGUGGACCCUCAGUUCCCGCACCUGGAUGCUGGAGUGCAGGUGCCAUCUUCUUCCCUUAGCCCUGACUCUUUGUUUGUCUGGCACCCCAUUGUCAAAAAAGGCUCUUUCAUGAAGCUCACGUUUACAGUACAAGCUGUGUCGUAA